GCAACCUGUGCGACUUCAACUUUCAAAGCUUUCGCGCUUCUCCCGCUUGCCGGCUUGUUGCCUAUUGGCUGGCGCUGUCGUCGCGUUUUUCUUCAUCGGCCGAGCGGUCGCAUCUGCUAACAUGGGUAUCUCCCGCGACCACUGGCAUAAAAGAAGAGCAACCGGAGGCAAGAGGAAGCCCCUCCGGAAGAAGAGGAAGUUCGAGUUGGGCCGCCCGCCCGCAAACACCAAACUCGGCCCUCACCGUGUGCACACAGUCAGGACCAGAGGUGGUAAUUCCAAGUACCGCGCCCUCAGGCUCGACACGGGCAACUUCUCUUGGGGAUCAGAAUGCUGCACCCGCAAAACUCGUAUUAUUGAUGUCGUCUAUAACGCUUCCAAUAACGAGUUGGUGAGGACCAAGACCUUGGUCAAGAAUGCUAUCCUUGUCGUUGACGCCACCCCCUUCAGACAGUGGUACGAAAGCCACUAUGUUCUUGCUCUUGGGCGCAAGAAAGGUGCCAAGCUGUCUGAAGAAGAAGAAAAAAUCUUGAACAAGAAGCGUUCCAAAAAGGCAGAAAGGAAGUACAAGGUCAGGCAAAGAUUAGCUAAGGUUGAGACUGCAUUGGAAGAGCAGUUCCAGACUGGCCGUCUUUUGGCUUGUGUUUCAUCCAGACCUGGCCAGGUUGGAAGAGCCGACGGAUACAUUCUUGAAGGGAAGGAACUGGAAUUCUACAUGCGUAAAAUCAAGGCCAAGAAGGGCAAAUAAACUCUUUAUUUGUAAAAUGGAUUACCUUGUUGAGAUUUUCAUCAAUACACAGGGCAAAAAUUAUUAAAAA